CUGGGAUCGAUCGUGAAACGUGCUAACGACUCGUAGUCGUAACCGUCGUCGUUGUCCCGCGGCCAAAGGUGCGAAAAGGGUGCGCUCAAAGGCACUCGAUGCGCCGCGCCGCGAUAGAGAGCCUCAAGUGAUCUUGAAAGUGAGAGUAUCUUGGUGGAUCAGUGAAUGUGUGUCGGUCGUGUCGGCUCGAGCUAGGUGUGGUGCCGUGGCGUAUUUGCACGACCAAUUCACAUCCUUUUUCCCCGCUACGCUAGGGCUCAGGGCCUUUUCCUACACGGUUUUCUCUUCACGACAACAACGACACGGUGCCCGUGACACGGUGCCGCCGGAUUUGAUCAUAUUUUGGUGAUCACUCGCGUGUGUGUGUGUGUGUGCUUGUGUUCGAGAAGUGUGCGCACGCGGGUGUGCUCUCAAAAUAAGGAAACAGAUCCGCCGCAAAGAUGGUUGGGCAGAGAAUAGCAAACUCUUUACUGAAGAGAUCCGCCUUUUCCUCGGCUCUGAACGUGGAGCCCGCCGUCCUCGAGCCGACCACGAUCCAGCAGCAGCUGCGACAACCCGUCCCGACGGCGGUCAGUGGACAGUAUCCGCAUCAUGCCCGGCCGUACAUCGAUGUGCCGGGUCCGAAGGGACUGCCGCUGAUCGGCAACUCCUGGCGCUUCGCACCGAUAAUCGGUCAGUACAAAAUCGAAGAUCUGGACAAGGUAAUGCAGGACCUGCACCGCCAGUACGGGCGCAUCGCGAAGGUAAACGGGCUGAUUGGCCAUCCGGAUUUGCUGUUUGUGUUCGACGCGGACCUCAUCCGAGACACGUUCAAGAAGGAGGAAGUGCAACCGCACCGACCGGCGAUGCCCUCACUGCGCAACUACAAAUCGAAGCUGCGGAAGGAUUUCUUCGGUGACAAUAUGGGACUGAUUGGGGUGCACGGCGAAAAGUGGGACGCUUUCCGGGCACAAGUCCAACAGGUGAUGCUGCAGCCCUCGACGGCGAAGAAGUACAUUGCCCCGCUCGACGAAAUCUCCAGCGACUUCAUGGACAGGGUUCAAGAGAUGCGCGACGAGAACGAUGAGCUACCGGGAGAUUUUCUGCACGAGCUGUACAAGUGGGCCCUUGAAUCGAUCGGCCGGGUAGCGCUCGACACGCGUCUGGGCUGCGUGUCGAAGGAUGGCAACGAUGAAUCGAAGCGCAUUAUCAAUUCCAUCAACACCUUUUUCUGGACCGUGGCCGAAGUCGAGCUGCGGAUGCCGGUGUGGCGCAUCUACGAGACGAGCGCCUACAAAAACUACCUCGCCGCACUGGACACGUUCCGAGAGCUGUGCAUGCGGCACAUCAACAUUGCGAUGGAGAAGAUGAACAGCAGCACGGAGCAGAAGAGCGAGGAGUGCAUCUCGCUGGUGGAGCGCAUCCUUCAGAAGACCAACAACCCAAAGAUUGCGGCAGUCCUUGCGCUCGAUUUGAUCAUGGUUGGCGUCGACACGACCUCGGUGGCGGCCACCUCGACGAUCUACCAGCUCAGCCAGCACCCGGACAAGCAGGAGAUUCUGUUCAACGAAAUCAAGCGCAGCAUGCCGACGCCGGACACGAAGUUUACCAUCUCCAUGCUGGAAACGAUGCCAUAUCUGAGAGCCUGCAUUAAGGAAACGCUACGCAUGUACCCGGUGGUGAUUGGCAAUGGGCGCAGCCUGCAGACCGAUGCCGUCAUCGGUGGAUACCACAUUCCGAAAGGGACACACGUCAUCUUUCCGCAUUUGGUCGUGUCGAACCUGGAAAAGUAUUUCCCCGAGCCGGACCGGUUCGUGCCGGAGCGGUGGCUGAAGCGGGGCGAGCUGCAGGAGCACUCCGGGUGUCCGCACGCCGGCCAAAAGAUCCACCCGUACGUGAGCCUCCCGUUCGGGUACGGCCGGCGGACCUGCAUCGGGCGGCGGUUUGCCGAGUGCGAGCUGCAGAUACUACUCUCGAAGCUCUUCCGCCGGUACCAGGUGGAGUACAACUACGAGAAGCUAACGUACAAGGUGAACCCAACCUACAUUCCGGACAAGCCGCUGAAAUUCAAGCUCACGGAGCGGAGCAGCUAGACACUAAACUUAUGUACAUACGAGUAAAUUGUUGAAUAAAUUAAGAUAA